AUGGACAGUAAGCCCGAAAACGACCUUGAAGUCGGUGAAAGAAGUGUCCAUAGUCAAUGCAAGGGAACUAAAGGAACGUUGCUCAAGAAAAGAUCAAAAGAUGAAGAUAACUGUAGGAGCGCUCCCGCUCAUCAGAACUCGAAGGUGAAAUUGCGGACGAGGCGAUAUAGGAACGCUAACAAAGCUGCAGCGCAUUUUAGGUUAGUGGUGAGAUUACUACCGCCAAACCUAACGGAAGGCGAGUUUUACAACACUCUCUCGCCCAUAGCAGACAAUGAGUACCUCAAUCAAAAUGUUGACGAGCGAUACUUCGCAGCUGGUCACUAUUCAAAAAACCCAUUCAAACUACCGACAUAUUCGCGUGCUUAUUUAUCAUUUUACGAUAUGCAUAAACUCCAGGAUUUUGCUAAAAAGUUGAGUGUCGUGAAGUUUGUGGAUGACAGGGACACUGCAAUGGUUCCCACAUUAACGACCACCCCAUUCGUAAAGAAGCUUUUUACUGAGGAAAGCAAGGGAAUGCAGAAAUCCAAGGCUAAACUUGAAGGUACUUUGAGCAGUGAUAAGGUAUUUCAGACAUUCUUGAAAUCCUGGCAACUCAUGGAGCAAGAUAAAGAAAAAUAUGGUUAUUCCGAACUAAGUGUCAUAAGCUCGUUGGAAAGAGGUUUGCUCAAAGAAAAAGAGCUCAAAAAACGCAUUAAAAAGCAGAGUGAACGAGCAAUUGUCGAGCUGGCUGGAGAUAUAAGGAAGGAUAAAAAGUCAAAGAAAAAUAAUAAGCAAAAGAAGAACAAAACAGAUGAAUCAAGCGGGGAGAAGAAGAAGAAGAGUAAAAAGAAGAAAAGCCAUCCUGCUGCAGACCAAAACAAGAACAAUAUCGUGAUUAUAGAAGCCGCAGGAAGAAGAGAGUUACUGAGGAGAGAAAGGCUCAAGAAAAAGGCAGAGAGAAAAGAGAAGCAAACUCUUUCAACUAAUGAGAAAGGCAGUAAUCAAGUGAAAACGAAAACUCCGGGAGAAGAGGACACAAAGAAGCAAGAGAAAAAGAACAAGAACGCAAAAAAGAACAAGAAAUCAAAGCUACAAAAAAAAGACGCGAAGGAGUCAAAAAAGGAAGAUAAAGACUCCUCAGAAGGUGACAACAAUAAGACCAAACAAAAACCUAAGAUCAAGGUUCUGAGAAAGCCUUCAAAUAGCUUGACAUGA